CUGACUGACUCUAUCGACGCAUCCAUCCGUACUGUCCAGCACUUUGAUCAACCAUGGCCGCGACGCGUUCCCAGAGCAUCACCCUCCCCACCAUCCCCGAGCUCUUCGAUCCCUCCUUCCUCGACCUCCUGCUGCCGCCACCCGCCAGCACGUCACAAAAUGCCCACGAGCCCGUGCUCGUCGCCUCCCCCCGUCGAAAUGCAAUGAUGGACGCUCUCAAGGAGAGCGCCAACUUCACCCGCACGGCGAAGGGCGCCCCCGCGCUCUCCAGCACCACCGACGCCGUGCUCGACGCCUUCCACGGCAUCGACGGGCACGCGUCAGCAGCCGAGAUCGCGCGCCUGCUCGCGGCGUCCUGGGCCGUGGACCCUGCGCGGACCCUGCGCGUCAUCUGGUACACGCGCAGCAUCCACGACGGGAAGGGGGAGCGGGAGGCCUUCUACCGAGCCUUUGCGUGGCUGUAUGAGGCGCACCCGCGUACCGCCAUUGCGAACCUCGAACAGCUGGUGCUGCCGCUGUGUGGGAAGAAGCACGAUGGCGCGCAUGGGUACUGGAAGGACCUGCUCAACCUCGUCUGCCUCGCUGUGGAGGGGGAGCUGACGACGCGGAAGAAGGACUUGCAGUUCGGGUUUCUGCACCGGUUCACUCCGCGGAGGACACGCCUGCCCAAGGACUUCGAUGCGAAGGCGGCGCGCGUGGAGGUGGCUCAACGUCAGCACGCUAACCUUGUGGACAAGCUCGCAGACAACAAAUCCCGCGCUUUGUAUGUGGCGGUGGCACGACUCUUUGCAAAGGCUCUUGCAAAGGACCUGGCCAUCCUCGACCAGAUCUCGUGUGCGAUGUUGUCUUCCGACAAGGCUACCCUAUCCAGGGAGCUUUCCCUGGUCGGCAAGUGGGCACCCACGCCGGGCGGAUCGCAUGACCGUGUGACGAACUUGUCUACCGCCAUCGCCGCGCUUCUGCUGCACGACCAGGCUUUGCCGCCCUCCGACUUCCCCGCCGCCGUUCGCUCAGCAGGUGCCCAGGCUGCAGCGCAGCAUGCCGACCUCGCGCAUGUCCUCCGGUCCUUCUUGCAGCGCUGGGUCUUGCGCCCGCUUCGUGCGCAACUUGCGUGCCCAGAGCCGCUCAUGAGCGCGGGGCGGUGGAAUAAGAUCAACUACGGUCGUGUCCCCGGUGUCUGCAUGAAGCUCAACACAGAGCGUUUCUUCCAACAUGAUCCCGACCGCUUCCAGGAGUACCUCAUCAGCGUGGAGACGGGCGAGCGGAAGAUCGCGUCGGCGACGCUGCUGCCUCACCAACUCGUCGCCGCGGCGGUCGCAGCAGACAUGCAACUCAGUGAGCGGGUGGACAAAUCCAAGUAUCCCAAACUGGAUGCGGCGAGGCGGGAGCUGGCAGAGAUGAAGAGCCGCGUCGCGCAGGUGCAGUGGCGGGAUCUUGUUUGCCGGAUGCGCGAGAAUGGGCGCCUCGACAACGCUAUUGCAGUCUGCGAUGUCUCCGGCUCCAUGGGCUUUGUGGGCACCUCCAGGGCGGACCAGCCCAUCUACGCCGCCAUAGCGCUCUCGCUGCUCCUCGCCAGUCUUGCCAAACCGCCCUUCGACGCCGGAUUCAUCACGUUCUCCUCCGAGCCACAGUUCGUCGAGCUCGACCUCACACGCAAGUCGCUCGCCGAGCUCGUGACUGAGAUGAGCGGGGCGGACUGGGGCUAUAACACGAACUUCUCGGCGGUGUUCUUGGAGCUGCUGCUGCCGCUCGCGAAGAAGCACGCCGUGCCGAAGGAGGAAAUGAUCAAGCGUAUCUUUGUGUUCUCCGACAUGCAGUUUGACGAGGCGUAUGGGCAGGGCGAUUGGGAGACAAAUUACGAUGCGAUUGCGAGGGCAUACGAGGAUGCCGGCUACGACGCGCCGGAGAUCGUCUUCUGGGAUUUGUCAAUGGCGACGCAGCGCACGGUUGAAGUGGAGGCGACGAGGAAGGGCGUGGCGUUGAUGAACGGGUUCAGUGCGGGAUUGAUGAAGGUUUUUCUGGGCGACGAGGAAGAGGCCGAGGGUGAGGAGGAUUGGGUGGAGGUGAAGCAGGAAUUCAACCCAGUGAACGUGAUGGACAAGGCGGUGGGAAAGCAGAGCUUCGAUGGUCUGGUUGUCAUGGACUAGCUCAACAUGUAUUAUGCAAUGUAUGUAUACCCAUCAUAUCUAUAUAUCCUCUACGCAACGCAUUACCUGUGGC